AUGUUGUUUCAAUUUAAAAGAAAUCCUUCUUUUGAAUGGGUUCAAACACACAACCCAUCGAGCCAGCCAGCUAUAAUUGCUUGUAACAUACGGCUACCAAGAUUUCAACUAUUUUUUUAUUUUCAGGUGAGCAACCUUUUUAUUGUGAGUCUUGCAGUAGCUGAUGUUAUCGUUGGAAUCAUCGUCAUGCCAAUGAACGCUUUCUACAUCUUUACUGAACGUUGGAUGCUGGGAGUUGCCGUCUGCCAGAUCUGGAUCAGCGUCGACUACACAGCCAGCACCGCUUCCAUUCUCAACCUGUUCAUUCUGAGUCUUGACCGUUACUGGUCGGUCCGCCAACCUUUGAAAUAUCUUCACAAAAGGACUAAACGGAGAGCGUUGAGUAUGAUCGCUUUUGUAUGGGCCAUCUCUUCUUUGUGGAUUAUUCCCAUCGUUAGCUGGCACUUUUUAGCACACAAAGGGAUACGCACAGUUCCGAACGAUGUCUGUGACACAGAAUACGCCAAGAAUUCUAUUUUUAAAAUUGUCACAGCCUUCUUCAACUUCUAUUUGCCACUCACAGUAAUGUAUAUACUUUAUUUCAGGAUAUUUAUCGCAAUUCGUAAACGGUCAGAGUUCGAACUUGGUCAAAGAAGCCAUGGUGGAAAAGUUCUCUCCUACAAAAUUAAUAACCCCAAUUCACUGGAGGACAGUGAAUGCAAUGAUGACAUUUCAUUUUCGGCAGACACAAGGGGAGGUGUAAGGGUCUAUGAAAAUGGGAUACGAUCCCAAGUUCCAUCUACGGCUAGAAAUGUACAUGUCUUGACAGUGAAAAGGCACCAGACCACAGCAGGCAAAGAUACGAGCUCAGGUCCGUGCAGAGUUGAAUACAUUUAUGAUGAAAAUGUCAUCGAUCCUCAGACAGAAAAGAUCGAAAGAUAUUAUUAUGAAGAACACUAUCCGGUGCCCUAUCUCUCCAGAUCGAUAUGGAUGGGAGGUGGUGAGAAGUACUCAAGUACAAUUCCACGGCCGGAGCAUAUACGCAGUCCACGUCAGCUUGGGGAAGUAAAGUUGUCUCCGACGUUUCAUUCUAUGUCAUCAUUGGCCAAUAGCAGUUCUCGGAGUAAUGGUUCCUUUGUAGGGAACCGGCAGCAGUUUCAGCAGUACUUAACAGUUAACGGCAAACACAACGCAAUUGUUAAAAGAAAUAUUUUCAGGCGGCACAAGAAGUCCAACAUGUCUACAUUAAAACAACAUAACAGCAUCAGGCUGACCAGUUGUAAGAAAUAUGAACCGGGGGAAACGUCUUUCAGUCCUUCAUUUUACAUUGAACCUACCAACGUAUCUUUUUCAUCAACGUCAUCAACAAGUACUUUUGAGGACAGGCGUGUCGAUGAACACUGCAUGCGGCGAGUAUUUGGAGCCCAUGAUGCAAGUGGAACUCGCGAAACGACAACAGACAACGGAAAACUUGACAGUCAUCCAAAAGUGUCAGACGAGAAGUGUUCAGUCAGUGGCCCGGUGAAAAACCUUCGUCGGGUUGAAUCUUUUUUGGAUAAAUCUACAGGUUUCGGAAUAUCUUCCCGGGGCAGCGUCGAUGGUUCAUGUUCUCGAAACGGAGACGAUUCUGAAGGCAUCCUUGUCUUGCGUGAUGACAAAAAUAGGCGGCUAACUGGUGGGAUGACAUGUCUAAGAGAACGCCUAAAAACGAUAAGACAAAGUUCUUCACUGAACAAAGAAAUCAAAGCCGCCAGGCAACUCGGCGUGAUAAUGGGUGCAUUUACGUUAUGUUUCCUUCCUUAUUUUAUUCUCUUUUUGGUAGUAGCAUUCUGUGAUAACUGUGUAAAACCAGGUCACCUCACUGCUGCUACCUGGGUUGGGUAUCUAAACUCAACUCUCAACCCAUUUCUGUACCCAUUAUGUAAUGCCAAUUUCCGGAUCAAAUUCCGGACCAUGCUGAGUUGCUGUAAAAAUGGCCGCUCACGUCUACGAAGCACGCAACAGGAAAAUUCAAGAACGCACUACUGGUUGUAA